UCAAAUCGUGAUCCUGAAUUGUAAUAAUUAGCCCUUGUGUCAUUUUGAGAGGCGUUUGGAUUAACACGCUCAUGGUUUAAUGUAUUACAAAAAAAUGUGGUCGCUGGUAAACUGAAAUAGGUGGCACGUGACUCGUAGCCACGUCCAUAGUGAGAUAUAUACUUGAUUUGGUAUGCCGGAUGUGGAAAUUCUGGGUUGCUGCAUCUAGAGACGUGCAGCUUAAAUUCAGCUCUGGUUACGUCUCCAAAGCACACUAUGAAUAUACCUUUGUAGAUUGGUAACUUUGUGAAUUCGGUUUGCUAUUACAAAACCUGAAUCAGAUUAACACAAUUCACUUCAGCUUUUCCAUCCUCUGGUGACACAGUGUGGUUGACACGUGCCCUGGUGCACGAAAUUAAAUGUGGGAGGGCGGGCCCUGUCAGAUUUCCCCCUCCUCGGCACCUGGGCCCUUUCGGCCCACUGGCCCUGGUGUAGUUGCACCGCCUACAUACACACUUCCAUGGCUAUGCCACUGCUCUGGAUGGACUAACAGAGGUGUAAUUUGGAUAAUUUUUUGUCCACAGUGGUAUAGCUGUUAGACUGUUCUAACUUAACAUUCCUACCUCCGUCUCCACCUUGUAAUUAGGCUUGGCUGCGUAUGGCUCACCCCUGCAGGGCGUUGUUAAUGGGGCCCACAGAGGAGUUUGGGAUGAAAAGGGGCGCAUUGUACAUUGUACCAAUGCAGCAUUGAGGAAAUGACAGGAGAAUUGGCUUUUAUUUGUAAUUGUGUGGGUCCCUGUGUGUUUUUUAUGAGCUUAUACUGUAAUGCUUUUCAGGAAUGUCCUAUUUACAGACUUGGCCCCUUUGUCAAUCCACUGCCGCGUCAGUCAUGGGGUUUGUUUUGCUGAAUGUCACCACGUUCAGUGGUGGUUGGUGAAGUGACAGGGGGGGGGGACUCACCGCUGAUAUUAACCAUGACUGGAAAUCAAACCCGAGCCGCUGUGUUUAUCGUGAAAUGUGCUAACUAUUACAGAGCUGAAGUAUAGCCACAGUAAGUGCAGAACCAAAUUUAAGAUAAGGGGAGGUGGGUUUACACGGUCAUUAGUGACCAGGCUAAGACUAUCAACUCGCCACUUGAGAACCCAGCUUGAUUACAGGCGGCUGCCUGGAUUUAAAACCAGAAUCUCACUGUGGUACCAGCUUGGCACUUUUGUCUUCUGAGCCACUUGGCCACAUCAAGUAAAUAAUCUAGUUAAUGUGCACUGAUUACACGCUCGCAUCACGUGUGAUGACCACGUUUGGAGAGGGCUCGUGAAUGGAGUUAUGUUGAUGGCAUUGGUGUCACUGCCCAUCACUGUCAACUAAAAUAACCACGAGUGCAUUGCAUUAGCUGCUCAUUUUGAAAAAUGUCCACGACUUUGUUCAUGUAUUAUACGCAGUGAUUUAACUUGCAGUGAUGAAGUGUUCACAUCGUAUGCUAAUUACUGAAAAAAAUCUCCUUUUUCAUAACUAUCCCCUGAAGCCCAUGUAAACAUGUUACGUAUAUUCUGGUCAAGAUAUGUCAAUUCACCACUCAUGUAUUGCAAAGCACCAUUGUUAAAAUGUCAUACUGAGCUGGAAUACAUUUUUACGUUCAUGCUAAAAAGCGCAUAGAGCUUUCAUCACUUUUGGCAAUCCAACCGCAAAGUUGGCAGUGUGAUCCACAGAAGACAUUUUUUUCUAUAGCUGUAGGAAGUGUGACUGCUGCACAUUGGCACAAAGACGUUACUGUAUGCGGAUCCUGGAGCAAUGGGGAAACGGGGUCCCCCCCUCCUCCUCCUCCCUUCUCUCCUCCCCUUCCCGCCCCUCUUCCCAACUUUCUCCCAAUCGGUUUUCCGCCCCUGACCCUCCCGAUUCACACACACAUGUGGCCACGGGCAGAGCAAACAAAGGGAGGCAACCGCUGCACGGUUUGGACUGGGACCGCCCGCCCGCCUGCCUGCCUGCCUUGCCAGCAUUGCCGUUAAGCACUACGUGUAGUGUGCCAUGCACGCUGCUCAUCUGGAUCUGUAAGCGAUUAAUAUUGCACACAAGCAUUUCUUGUUUAUGAUCUUUUUUUUAAAAAAAAACUUUGUUUUAUUUAAAUCAGGCGAGCCGUGAGUUGUUUUUUUUACCGUUGGGAUUCCACAGGUCCUAGAGAAGCGAGCUGUCUUAGUGGGUGAGCAGGCUUCUCGCUCAUCUGGAGGAAAGGGCAGGUGCCUGAUCCACACUUCAGAAACAACAACCCCCCACAACUUCUCUCGACACCAUGACCGCUGACAAUUCCAGCGCAAGCUCGUCCCACCUUUUGCGCAGAACGGCGCUGGCGCUGCUGCUGCCGCCGCUGCUGCUGUGCCUGUCGCUGCCCUCGCUCCCGUCCCUCGCUCAGCCGACCUCCGACUGCUCGGGGGUCGCCUGCCCUGAGCUCGCCAACUGCCUGAAGGACGUGCUGGAGCACGGCCAGUGCUGCCCGACGUGCCUCCUCCGCGGCUGCCCCUGCGAGGGCCACCGGCGCCGGCGGUGCAUCGACGCCGGCUACAGCGCCGGCUCCGUCCCCGAGGGCGUCUCGGUCUUCAUCAGCGGCGUCCCGGGCGGUGCGGGCGGCGGCGCCGACGUCAUCGCACCGGCGGGCGAGGAGUGCCUGUGCCCGCUUGGCGGCGGCGUGCUGGGCUGCGUGGCGCUGUCGGCGCCCUGCCCCGAGCUGCCGCCCCACUGCGUGGAGACGGUGCAGGGCGCCGACGGCUGCCCGCAGUGCCUGCACCUGGGCUGCCUGGGUGACGGGCGCGCCUACGCCGCCGGACACACGGUGCAAGCACCCGGGUGCCGCCUGUGCCACUGUCCCGCGUCGGGCGGGGAGCUGCUGUGCUACCCGCUGCUGCCCGACUGCGAGCCGGCGCUGUGGGACACUGCCGGCGCCACGUCGUCCGCCGGCGCCACCGGUGCCAGCUUGUCAGAGCAACAGCAGCAGCAGCAGCAGCAGCAGCGGAGAGCAACCGGGAAUGGAGACGGAGACGGGGAUGGAGGCGAUGACGCCAGCAAGCGCGGUGACGUCAGGCAACUGCAGUACGAGGUACGACCGUCGCAGUGGAACGGUGCGCCGGAGGAGGUGGUGCCGGGACCGGUGGAGAGCACCGGCGAAUCCGACGAGGUGGCGGAGGCUGCCAUAAAUGAGACUGCGGCGGUGACGGCGACGACGGCGAUGCAUGGAGAGGGGCGGCCGGCAGGGGCGGCCAUGGGAAAGGCCGUCGAGAGAGACGGGCUGCAGCAGGCGGGUGAGGAGGCGGUGGGGCGAACGGGGCCGCCACGGGCUGGUGCAGGAGGAGAGGCUGGUGGUGUUGGAAAUGGCUCUGAACCGGUUCCUCUCACCAGCCUGACCAACGCAGCGCUGCCGAGGGCGGACCCGCUGCAGGAAUGCUGCACGAGCGGCCAGCGCUGGGCCGCCAAGCGCCAGCAGUGCUCCGACCUACCCCGACCCGCCAACGACUUGGAGGCGUGCAGGAUGGCACAGAAGCGAUGCUGCCUGGCCUCGCUGGAGGAUGCCUCGUGCCAGGCCGGCAUGACGACCGCACGGCAGGUGUCAGGGUGUGGAUCUCACAUCGACAGCUGCUCCGGCAGCAUGUACCAGCCGUGCUGCGACUGCUGCCUGCUGGGCUUGAAGACCCAGAGCCAGGGCCUCGCCUGUACAGAUCUGCAGGGCCUGGGUCAGCUGUGCAGCCUCGUGUACCGCACCUGCUGCGCCAGCGGACAGAACAGCACGGCGGAACGAGGAGAUCAGUUCCAGAAGCAGAACGAAUGGAGGGAUGACCCCGACGUGCCGGCCAGCCAACAGCAAUUGGACAAGUGUCACGCGUUGGGAAAAACGUGUGCCCACAAGUGCGUUGAAGCCAGCACGGGGGCACAGUGCGCGUGUCACAUCGGCUACCGGCUCCGGAGUGACGCAGUGAGCUGUGAAGACGUGAACGAGUGCCUGACGGACGAGCACCACUGCCAGGAGGGACAGCGCUGCAUCAACACGGCCGGGUCUUUCCGCUGCCAGCGCGAGAUCAGCUGUGGCACGGGCUACGAGCUCACCGAGCUCAACCACUGCCAGGACAUCGAUGAGUGCGAGACGGGCACACACAACUGCGGCGAGGAGCUGAAGUGCCAGAACACGCUGGGCUCGUUCCGUUGCCGCCCGCGCGAGGAGUGCGGCGCCGGCUUCCUGCAGGAUGCGCUGGGCAGCUGCAUCGACAUCAACGAGUGCACGACGCAGUUGGACAUCUGCCAGCUGGGCUAUAAUUGCAUCAACACAGUGGGGUCCUUCACCUGCCAAAGGAACAUCAUCAACUGCGGGCGAGGGUACCACGCCAGCCCUGACGGAGGCCGCUGUGUCGACGUGGACGAGUGCCAAACGGGUGCGCACCAGUGUGGCGAUGGCCAGCAGUGCCAAAACACUCCGGGCAGCUACCGCUGCAACUGCGCCAGCGGCUACUACUACGACACUCUGGGACGCACCUGCGUGGACAUCAACGAGUGCAGGCAGUACCCAGGGCGGCUAUGCAGCCACACGUGCGAGAAUGUGCCGGGCUCCUACCACUGCAGCUGCAGCAGGGGGUUCCAACUGGGCACCGACGGCAAGACCUGCGAAGACACAAACGAGUGCGAGUCUAGCCCCUGCAGCCAGGAGUGCGCCAACGUCAUCGGCUCCUAUCAGUGCUACUGCCGCCGCGGCUUCCAGCCCAGCGAGGUCGAUGGGGUCACCUGCGAAGACGUUGACGAGUGCUCGCUGCCCGGGAGUAAUGGCGGGCUCUGCGCGUACCGCUGUGCCAAUGUGCCGGGCAGCUUCGAGUGCUACUGCCCCGCGUAUGGCUACACCAUGUCGCCCAACGGGCGCUCCUGCCUGGACCUGGACGAGUGUGGCACCGGCACUCACAACUGCUCGUCAUCUGAAAACUGCUUCAACAUGCAGGGCGGAUUCCGCUGCCUCUCCUACCAUUGUCCGUCCAACUACCGCCGCUCGGCAGAGAAUCGCUGUGAACGAAUGUCGUGCGCCGACCCGCAGGACUGUGCCAGCUCGCCCGUUCGCAUCACCUACUACCAGUUGAGCUUCCCGCGCACCGUGCCGCUGCCCGCCAACAUCUUCCGCAUCGGCCCGUCGCCCGCCUACGCGGGCGACACCAUCACGCUGGGCCUCACGGCGGGCAACCACGAGGGGCUGUUCGCCACGCGCAAGAUGAACGCGUACACGGGCGUCGUGUACAUGCAGCGCGCGCCCGACAGCCCCCGGGACCUGCUGCUCAACGUGGAGAUGCGGCUCUUCCGCCAGGGCACGUUCACGACGUUCCUCGCCAAGAUCUACGCCUUCAUCACUUCCGAGGACUUCUGAGAGAGCGGGGGGCGGGGGGGGGGGGGGCAGCACAUGUGCGUGCGGGCAGGACUUAGGACUUGUGUGGGCGGGUUGGCGGUGAUGGUGGUGGGGGAGGAAAGGGAUGGUUGGUACCACGGCAAGCGUUUCAGAUUGUGCUGUUUUGGUUCUGGCUUGUCUGGUCUGUUGCCCGGCAAACCGUGGAGGAAUUAUCUAAGGCCGUUUUUCUUUUUUCCAUUACCGAGUGUUCAUCCAAUACGUUUGGCCGGAUAAACGGGACUAAAAGUGUGACGAGUGCGAUGGGAAUGACCGCUGUUCACCAACUUUCUGCUAUUGUGGGAAUCUCAAAGUACAUCGUAGAUGCCAUUGUGUUUUGGAAACUUUUGGUUCGAUACCCAGUGACGAUGUCUGAAAGGAAACGGGUUCCCUCAAGUAAGAAUGCAUAACCAUUGCAAUUUUUUUGGACAGCCUGUAGAUGGACUCGUGUGGUAGCAGCUGGGUGAGUUGUUGCAUCUCAAGCCCGGCGAGAGAUUGUGACGGCUCGUGUAAGCCUUCGUGGAUAGAUCCUGGCUGAUGAUAGUGAUGAGCAGCUCCUAAGAUACGUCAUUGCUGGCAUAAGCCUACGACAUCAAAUUAUCUCUGGCACUCCAUAAACUAUUUUGUUAUUUACCAGGUAAGGCCCACUGAGCUAUGUAGCUAUUUUUCAGAAGUGACAUGGCCACAAAUUAUAGCUCAACGAAGUGGCUUAUCACGUGGAAAUUUAUAGCAGUCAAAUACUCUAAAUGCAUGUUUCUACAUGUGGAGGGAAAAACUGAAAGACCCGGAGAAAAAAAAUCAGGCGACUACUGGGAGAUAGAACAUGCAUACUCUAAAUAUACAACAGGCGGCAAGGUCGGGAUCGAACCCGCGACCGCGACCUCCUGCAUACCAAGCGAGGGAGUUAACAUCUCGUCACCAAGCGGACUAGUGCCGUUGGCGGCGAUGCACGCAGAAGCAGGCAGCACACACACUUAAGUUUGUUUCUGUGUUACCGUGCCGCUCGUUUGUCCGUGGUUGCUAAGAGGGGAAAAACACGCGAGCGCCGAGGAAUCGAAGUCUCCUUCGUUCGUUACCCCACUGCCCUACACCAGGUGUAUGUUAAAAAGUCCUGCGAGUGAUGGCGAGAUUCCAAAGCUCACGCUUCAUGUCUGCGCCGCGUGUGGCCUUGCAAGGUCAAUUAAUAAUUUUGCGGCUGGGAUCGCGGUUUGUAUUUUCGAGGCAGCUAGGAAACGUUCACCGCUGCCUCCAACAGGAGUCACAAAUCACCCCCGGUUGCCACUCGCUGCGUAAUUCGCGGAAUAUUUCUUUUUUACAUAUAUACACACAGUAUAUAGUUUCCAUGUCAGUUCGAAACGAGGAUUAAUUUCGCACGUAUUUUUAGGGUCGCCCCGUAGAACUGGAGUUGGUGGUACGUGGCGAAGGGCCACAGCCGAAGCGAGAGGUGGUGGUACCGAUCGCGAGAGAAUAUAUUCUGCGUCAGACAGACCCGGCUAAAAUUAAUCCCUGAUUUCGAAGCUUUUCAAACUUCCAACAAAUAAAUGCUGAAUUAGUUUGGGGGGGGGGGGGGGUUGGUGAUGCGUUUCAGAACAAACGUGAUAAGGAAUAAUUCUGUGAAAUGGUAAACAUUUAGCAAAUAGUAGCACGAUCGCUGAACUUUUUAAAACACCACUACGGCAUAUCAUACAUUGUGUGUGUAUUAAGGUAUCGUAUAUAUUUUAUAUUUGUAUAUCAUAACAGGUGGUUUGAGUUUGGAGUCCUGAAGGAAAACGUAUUUAAUCAGCAUACAUCAUCUGCUAGAACAUGAAUCAGACAAACAGACAUUGAUAAUAAUACAUUGAUUUGAUAUAGCAGCAUUCAUGCUAACAGCAGCCCACAACGCUGUACAUUAAUUAUAUAUAAGGACCAAAUCCAAUAUAAGCGGUUGCCUAAGUACAGCGCGAAAGAAGCCUAACACAUACAUGCCAAGAAAAUAAAACUCGUCCUACGAAGCAUUUUUUUUUCCAUAAAUUAACAAAUUAAGAAAUGGCACCAAAACGAAAAAAGCACAAAAAAGUUUUCUCGUAGAAGCUGGAACAAAGGCUGAAAAGUGCGCAACUAAGCGUGCAGCGGUGCAUAGAUCGAGUUCCGCUGAGACACGGGAAGAGUUCCGCUGAGACACGGGAAGAGUUCCGCUGAGACACGGGAAGAGUUCCGCUGAGACACGGGAAGAGUUCCGCUGAGACACGGGAAGAGUUCCGCUGAGACACGGGAA